GACUUCUUGAGAAGGAGGAGGAGGAGGAGGAGGACAACUUCAUCUAGAUUCCUCCCAGAAAACUGCAGGAAGGCGACAGUCGUAACAUAAAACCACCGCGGACCGCGACAGACGACGACAGCACAACUUGUGGCAUUCGCCGAGGCUUUCCCCGGAAGAUAACUGGGCCGGUGUGAUGCGUGAGAGGAGGCGCAGUCAAGAAACUCUCCUGAUUUUUUUUCCGCGUCUGUUUCGAGCCCUGACUGUCAGGUAGCCGGCUAGCUGGCUGCAGGGCUGUGAGGUAAAAAUAAAAACACCGCCACCCACCACCGCGCUAGCACACGGCUUUUGUUUUUUUCUCCACGGGACAGGGAUGGCAUAUCGCAUCCAUUCGGUAAGCGAACUGGUCGAGAAGGGUGGAGAGGAAACAUUUGAGGACCUGGAUGAUAACUUUGGCAGCACUCACUAGCAUAGCCUAGCCGAGCCUAGCCUAGCCUAGCCUAGCUAAUUAGCAUUUCCAGUUGCACAAGACAACCCUCUAAUCCCCCAGUUCACCCUGACUGGAGUGUUUUCACCGACUAAAUCCACACGGAGAGCGGACACUGGAAUAGUUUUCGUCGGUUAACCGGGUUUUAGCCACUCCGGGUCUAUGCUAGGUGUCGUUAGCCUGGUCCUGUAGCUUCUCUGGAGGGAGUGGUGGCGUUAGGUAGCUAGCUAAGGUUCCCUGUAUCAGGGAAGGUCACUCAGAUCAUGACAAGCUCUAAAUCGACGAACAAAUUACAGAUUACACCCGACUGAACGCAUGUAAACCGACUGGAGUGGUUGCUAAUUAGGGGUGCCUGUUGCUAGCUUGCUGCAAGACAAGCUUCAAAGGCGCGCAAUAAUUUCAUGAUCUGCUCCUGGUUGAGAUUAAAUUGACAGUUUCCUGGGUCGAUCGCUGGCUGCUUCUGUCUUUUGGGGACUCGAGAUCCAGUCUGGGACCGAACCGGUUUUCCAUCGCCUGCCUCUGGAUAGUUUGAUGGACGUGGGGGGCUGUUUGCCAGGCUGUCAGUGCUAUACUCAGUCAUGUAUGUCUUGACACAUGGCACCUGGGUCUGUACAUAGUGCCUGUUGUCAGAUAUAAACAGUCGUUAUGUAGCUUUGGUGGACAGUCAGUGAAGAGAAUGUCUUUUUUUAUACACCAUGGUUUUUGCUAUUAUCACUUUUUCCAAGCACAGGAGGGUGUGCACAGUGGACAAUGUUUAUUAGUUAGUGCCUAGACGAUUUAGUGGGACUCUGAAUUCUGCCUGCAUCGAAAGGCACAAAGAUAUUGUAGAUUAUUCAUUGGGGGAUUGCGAACGGAAAACCCGCCACUCUGGAUCAAGAAAACUUGCCCCUCGUGUCUGGUUGGAGUAACACCCUCAAGCCGAAAUCAAUGCCUUCAGCGCUGGCCGUGUUCGCCUGCCGACCCAACUCGCACCCAUUCCAGGAGCGGCAUGUGUACCUGGACGAGCCGGUCAAGAUCGGCCGGUCGGUGGCUCGCUGCCGGCCGGCCCAGAACAACGCCACCUUCGACUGCAAGGUGCUGUCCAGGAAUCAUGCCCUGGUUUGGUUCGACCACAAGACUGGCAAGUUCUACCUGCAGGACACUAAAAGCAGCAACGGGACCUUCAUCAACAGCCAGAGGUUGAGUCGCGGCUCGGAGGAGAGUCCGCCCUGCGAGGUCCUCUCCGGAGACAUCAUUCAGUUCGGCGUCGACGUCACUGAGAACACACGUAAAGUCACUCAUGGCUGCAUCGUGUCAACAAUCAAACUCUUCCUACCUGAUGGGAUGGAGGCACGCAGACGAAGCGAUGUCAUCCAGGCUCCGAUACCACUACCUGUAGACAAGGUUGCAGCCAACACUCCCAGCAUGUAUUCUCAGGAACUGUUCCAGCUUUCCCAGUAUCUGCAGGAGGCCUUACACAGAGAGCAGAUGUUGGAGCAGAAGUUAGCCACUCUACAGCGUCUGUUAGCCACCACUCAGGAGGCCUCAGAGAGCAGCUGGCAGGCUCUGAUCGAUGAGGACCGUCUCCUCUCCAGACUGGAGGUGAUGGGCAGUCAGCUACAGGCUUACUCCAAGUCCCAGACGGAGGAAGGGAUCCGCAAAGAGCUCCUGGCUCUUCAGGAGGACAAACACAACUACGAGACAACGGCGAAGGAGUCUCUGAGGAGGGUCCUGCAGGAGAAGAUCGAGGUGGUCAGGAAGCUGUCGGAGGUGGAGCGCUCUCUGAGUAACACAGAGGACGAGUGCACCCACCUGAAGGAGAUGUCUGAGAGGGGUCAGGAGGAGCUGAGGGAACUCGCCAACAAGUACAACGCUGCCGUCAAUGAGAUCAAAGAGCUCACCGACAAAAUUAAGGCGGCGGAGGGUCGUCAGGAAGAGCUGACUCAGCGGGGGGCGACGGAGAAGAGGGAGUUGGAGCUGCGGAUUGAGGAGAUGGAGGAGAAGGAGCAGGUUCUCCAGGCUCGCAUCGAAGCUCUGACGGCUGACAACGACUUCACCAACGAGAGGCUCGCUGCCCUGCAAGUGCGGUUAGAACAGCUACAAGAGAAAAGCAUUAAAGAAAACAACAGUCUGGAUGUCGACAUUGUCUCCCACGGACCGGUAGAGGAGCCUGUCCAGGACAAACAAAGCCUGCAGACACCUGGGAGCCACGAGGAAGACGAGGAUGAGGAGGAUACAGACACCGAUGAGGGUGCAGUUGGUGAAGAUGAAGAUAUUGAUGACAAUUGUCAUGUUAACAACAGCGGAGGAGACUCGACUAGAAUCCAACAGUUGAUUGAGUGUCCGCCGGUCAAACAGCUGAAGGAGACUGUAACUUCUUCAAUCCACAAACUGGCCAACUUUGAUGAAGUCAUGGAUGCCCACUUACAAAACAACCAGACAUCCGAAGACGACAUCCUGGCCAGCCCCGAUCGACUCAAAGGGAAUCAGAUGGACGCCAAAGAGUCGGACAUGUCAGACACUCUGAGUCCCAGUAAAGACCGCAGCAGUGACGACACGUCAGACGGAAACAUGGACGACCAGGAGCUGAUUGAACCACAGAACAGAGUAGCUCUGCUUAAAGCCGAGCUGCAGCGGGCCGGUCUAGAGCCUGGAGACACGGAGCAGGUCAUCCACCAUCUCCACAGAGAGCUUCUAGAGGCCCAGGAAUUAGCCAACACCGGCAAGCAGAAAUGUCUGGAGCUACAAGCUCUACUGGAGGACGAGAGGAGGAGUAACUCCCAGCGGACUGAGGAGUCGACCAAACAGAUCCAGUACCUGCAGACUCAGCUCGGGAAGCUGCAGGCCGACAUGGAGGCACUGAGGGAGCAGAGGGAGAGCACCAUCUGCAGCACCAGAGAGGAGCUCUACUCGGCCCAGGAGGAGAUCCUCGUCCUGCGACACGCCAUGGAGGCGGCCACGGCGGAGCGGGAGCGUGAGAUCGCCGCCCUGCAAGCGGACCUGGGCGGCGUCCGCACUGAGCUGGAGCACUGGAGGAGCAUGGCCGCCAAGUACGAGGAGGAGAUCAGCCGGCUGCAGGAGGCCUUCACGCAGCAGCAACAGCAGCAGAACACCGCCUGCCAGCUGCAGGAGGAGUGCGUCGCGUUGCAGCAGCGGUGUGUUUGCCUGCAGCAGGACUGUGACGGCCUGCGAGCUGAACGGAAAUCUCUGACGGACAAACUGCAGCGUCUGGAGACUGAGCUGAGCAGCACCAGGGAGCAGAGUAUUGUCCUCAGCAGCAGUCUAGAGUCUCUGGAGAAGAGGGAGGAGGUUUUGCAGGACAAACUGGGUUCUCUGGAGAACCGGCACCUGCAGGACGCCAGCAGGCUGAAGAACCAGCUGGACCAGGCCCAGGCCCGGACACACACGCUGCAGAAAGAGUAUGAAGACACACAGUCCCAGCUGCUCGACCUCCGUCAGCGCUACGAGAGGACGGAGCAAGAGAAGCUGAACAUCCACCAGGAGCUGGAGCAGUGCAGGAGCAGCCUGAAGCUGCUGCAGGACAAGAGCAGCUCUCCAUCCAUAUUGCAGCCUGUCCAAGCCAUAUUCAUGGGCCUUGUCCUGGCUCUGCUCUACUGGUGUUUCGGCCAGUUGUGGUAGAAAGAGCGGCUGGAGCCCCUGGAUGCCGGUCAUCGCAGUGAUGGUUGCCGUGACGGCCGCCGUCCUCUACCCCAACCUGUCCAAGAGCAGCUCCACCUAGAGGACAAACAGAAGCGCUGUAUGGAGAGCGUCACUGCUUUACUUGUAUAAAGUCUAAUUGUACAUAGUUGUAGAGGGAAUAUAAAGGUUGUGGUUUCUACAGAGGACUCAGAUGAUUCUUGGUUUAUUUUUGAUUUUGUUUGUUAGUUUGUUUUUCUGGCGACGGGGGAGUUUUGUUUUUAUUCUCUCUCUCAGCUGUGGUGGGGGGGCUUUUUUUUUUUUUUUUUUUUUUUUUUUUUUUUGGUUUUCGUCUCUCUGCUGAUUUCUGGGUAACAAAGCGUUCUCCCGCAGGCCGAGCUUCCACAACACAUGUGUAAAAACGACAAACAACAACAAAAAAAAACUGGGAAACGAACUGGGACAAACGCGUCACUUUCCAGCAGCCUCCGCUCAGUCAGGAGUAGAAUUUACUGGUCGGACAUUUUGAUGCCAAAAACAAACAAUAUAUAUAAAUAUAUAAAUACACGUACAUAUUUCGUUUUAUUAGUUUUGGUUCAACACUAUGAAGCCUGAGUAUUUUUCAGUUUCUGUAUUCGAGGCUGACACAGAGCCACUACAGUAAAUCUAUAUCACAUUCCUCCAAUCAGUCUGGAGCUGCAGGGAGUCACACAAAUCUCUAACGAACAUCCAGGCGUCUGUGCUGUCGUUAAAAUCUGCGCCGCUGAGUCUGUUGGAAAGUUUCAGGACGUCCCGCUCUGCUCCAGUGUCCGGCGGCCAUGUUGGAUGACUUCACAUGGCGUUGUCUCUGUGUUUUCUUUUUUUCCCCGGGGAGUUCGGGAUGUUUUUUUUUUUAUAUAUAUAUAUAACUAAAACCAGAACUUGAAGCCAAAUUAUUAAAAUAAAAUCUGAUAUAUUUUAUUUUUUUUUUCCUUACUUUUGAUUAUUUUUUUCUUGUGGGGAGGAAGGGGGAGGGGCACAGAAACGGGGGGUCAAAGUGCCUCUGAUGUAACUAACACCACAGUUUAUGUACGUGUGUGGACAAACGCAAUCUCACACACACACACACACACACACACACACACACACACACACACACACUCUUCACCCAGACACGCACUGACGUUAUUUGACUGUCGGAGGCCUUUCGAUGUUGGUGAAGCUGUGAAUCUGCCACUCACACAACCACUGGAGGACAUUUUUAUUUUUCAUUAAAUAAAUUAAUUCAUCUUGAAAAACCAAGACAUUAUCUUUAAAAUGCUUGUCAUAGCAGCUCUUGCGAGGGAAAAAAAAAAAAGUCUUUGUCGUGUCCACAGAAUGGAUCGCAGCUACUUCAUGAUUAGGUUCAGAUGUUAUUGUUAUCAGACUAGACAUGAAGCCUGUGAGAAAGUCGGCUCUGACGCUCUCGGCCCCCGGAGGACGACUCAGCAGCUUCACAACUUUUGUCUGAAUUCUGUGAAAAGACACGAAAACGUGAGCUGACAUGCUAACGUUAGCUCAGGACGCUGUCUGAGGCCGUUGCUGAGAUGCUAACUACACGUUUAGCCGUGUUAGCGUUCAUCAGAUUACUGGGUUGUAGUUGCAGCUGGGGAUCGUUUCCGAAACUCACAUUUCAAUGAGUUGAAACCCAGAUUUAUAGCACAGACUAAAAGCUAAACUCUUGUCCUGCAGCUGUUCAGUUGUUAGAUGUGAGUGUUUUUGUUAAAGACUGGAAAAGAUUUUAUUGUUUUUCACCUUUAGGCCACGGACUCUAAAAAGACAUCACAUGCUUCAGACAGUUGAACACGUCAGGCCUCGGCUAAGAAUCAUUUUAACAAACAUUAAAUUAUCUCUUUGUGUGUGUGUGUGUGUUUGUGUUUGUGUGUCGGUUCACACUCUGGACUCUUGAGCAGCGUUUUGCCAUCGUUCGUGUACUCCGUCUGGUCUCUGUGUUUAAAAUGAAAUUUAAAAAAAAAAGAAAAAAAAAGGACAACGAUCAAAUAAAAAAUAUUCCUGAUGUUUAAAGAGAAAAAACACUACAGUACAGAGAGAGAGAGUUGUAAAAUAAAAUGUUACUGAAUGACGUGCUACUAGACUUAUUUUGUUAAAAUUGUUUAGAGAUAUGAGAGGAGGCUAUGUAGAGGUAAAGAGGAGGAGGAUGAUUGUGGAAUAUGCAGAGCGAUGUUUGGAUUAAAGUUGUAGCAGCUGACCCACCAA